AUGGCCAAGGAGGCCACAAAGCCUGCUGAGGCAGACAUCAUGGGGCUGUGCCAGGACAUGUUCUCCAAACUGGCCACGUACCUGACAGGACAGCUGACAGCCACCAGUGAAGACUUUAAACUUCUGGAAAAUGUGAACAAACUGACUAGCUUGAUGUAUCUAGAAAUGAAACAUAUUGCAGUAAACAUAAGCAGAAACCUAAGGGACUCAAACCAGAAAUCUGCAGCACUUCAGCUUUAUCUGGAUCAGAUCACUUUCACUGAAGAGCAAGUAGCCGCUCUUGAGCAGGCAGCUUACAAGUUGGAUGCAUAUUCAAAGAAACUAGAAGCAAAGUACAAGAAGUUAGAAAGGCGAUGA